AUACUCAACAAAACACACAUACUCUAAACUCUUCUCUCUCUCUUUCUCUAUCUCUUUGUCUCUCUUGAAACUUUCUUGAGAUUUCUCAUUUUCUAGGCAACCAAACAGAAUAACGAUGGGAGAUAAUACACUAAGUGAAGAACAGAUUGUUGAGUUCAAAGAAGCCUUUUGCCUCUUUGACAAAGAUGGAGAUGGUUGCAUUACUGUGGAAGAACUGGCAACAGUGAUUAGAUCAUUGGAUCAAAAUCCCACUGAAGAAGAGCUCCAAGACAUGAUAAGGGAAGUUGAUGCUGAUGAAAAUGGGACUAUUGAGUUUGCAGAGUUCUUGAACUUGAUGGCCAAGAAAAUGAAGGAAACUGAUGCAGAGGAGGAACUUAAGGAGGCUUUCAAGGUUUUUGACAAGGAUCAAAAUGGGUAUAUAUCAGCUAGUGAGCUGAGGCAUGUGAUGAUCAACCUCGGUGAGAAGUUAACGGAUGAGGAAGUUGAGCAGAUGAUCAAAGAAGCAGAUCUGGACGGUGAUGGUCAGGUCAACUAUGAUGAGUUUGUCAAAAUGAUGACGACCGUUGGAUGAG